CUCUUACAACCUCAAUCAUCCAUGGCUUUCAUUAAAGUUACUAUUAGUCUCAUGCUACUAUAUUUUCUCUCAGUCACUCUCUGCCUAGCUCACCCUGGAUUCAAUUUUCCCUGGGGUGGUAACGGUCAUUUUGGCGGAGCCAACUAUGGUCUUUUUCCACAGUUUUAUCAGUUUUCAUGCCCCCAAGUCGAUGACAUUGUCAUGUCAGUUCUCAAAAAGGCUAUCGCAAAGGAGCCCAGGACGGCCGCCUCUUUACUUAGGCUUCAUUUCCAUGAUUGCUUUGUUCAGGGCUGUGAUGCAUCCGUCUUGUUGGAUGAUGGUGCAACCAUAGUUAGUGAAAAGAAUUCAAUUCCAAAUCAGAAUUCACUCAGAGGAUUUGAAGUGAUUGAUGAGAUAAAGGCUAAGUUGGAAGAAGCAUGUCCCCAGACUGUUUCUUGUGCAGACAUUGUUGCCCUGGCCGCUCGGGCCUCCACUGUACUAAGCGGUGGACCAUCUUGGGAGCUCCCACUUGGAAGAAGAGACUCCAAAACAGCAAGCUUGAGUGGCUCAAACAAUAACAUUCCCCCACCAAACUCCACUAUCCAAAAUCUCAUAACAUCCUUCAAGCGUCAAGGUCUUGAUGAAGUAGACCUUGUCGCUCUCUCAGGAGGGCAUACAAUUGGUGUGGCAAGGUGCGCGACCUUCAAGCAAAGGCUAUACAACCAAAACGGAAACAACCAACCAGAUGUGACUUUAGAGAGAACAUACUAUUAUGGUUUGAAGUCAGUUUGCCCAAUAACUGGCGGCGACAAUAACAUUACCCCGUUAGACUUGGCUUCCCCAGCAAAAUUUGAUAACACCUACUUCAAGCUUAUACUAUAUGGAAGAGGGCUUCUGACUUCUGAUGAAGUGCUUUUGACGGGAAACCUUGGGAACACAAUGGCACUGGUUAAGAGCUAUGCUCUUAACGAACAUCUGUUCUUUGAACAAUUUGCUAAGUCAAUGAUUAAGAUGGGUAAUAUUAGCCCUCUUACGGGUCUCAACGGUGAAGUUAGGAAGAACUGUCGUCGACUUAAUUAGGAAUUUAAUAUUUUAAGGCCUAUGUCUGCGUUUGGUUAUGCUUUCCUUGUGUAAUUACAACCCCAAGUUAUGGUAUUUAUUUAUAAUAAACCGUAAAACUGUAG